AUGGUAAGAUUACGUCGAAUACGACGUAAUCCUUUUCGAUUAUCAUUAUUAAGUAAAAUUUUAGUGUUGAUAUUUAUCUUAUGGCAAUUGUUUAAUUGGUAUUCGAUUUCUAGGACAGACUCACUAGAAAUUAUUCAAUGGUCAGGUAUACCUAUUUAUGUUCCAAAUAUUCCAAAAUAUAUAAUUCAAACAUCAAAAUCUUCAUCUGAUGUCAAUAUUGCUGCUAAUUCAUUUAUUCGUCUUAAUCCCACAUAUCAAUAUAUACAUUAUAAUGAUUCAAUAGCUGAAAAUUUUGUUCCAAAUCAUUUUCAACGGCAACAUUCACAUUGGUCAAAAGCAAAAUAUGUUUUUAAAUUACUUCGACAUUUAUUUCAAGCUUGUAUACGAUUUAAACGAUUUAUGUUAGAAAAAAAACAUAGUAUCGAACAAAAACUUGAUUAUGAUAGUUUAUUAAAUCGAACAAUUGAUAAUUUUAUCUAUGGAGAUUUAUAUAAAAUAUCAGCAUCAAUAACAAGCGAAGAAAAACAAUUAGAAAUUGAUGAACUUGAAAAAUGUCUUUGUCGACAACAUGAACGAGCUAUAAUUCGAUUAACUACAUAUCGAUUUAUUAAAGUAUUUAUUCAAAAUAUUCUUCAACUCAAUAAUAAUGAUCAAUGUCUUAAAACUCUAUCAAUUUAUUUACCAUAUAUGAGAAAAAAUGAUUUAGAAUGGUCAUAUUUUAAUGAUAUAUUAGCAUCAAAUAAUCAAUUACGAGACGAUAUUAGUAAGACUUAUUAUUCAAUUAUUAAACUUGUUUUAUCAUUUACUUUACAAUCAAAUCAUUUCGUACAAACUAUUUUUUAUUUACUUAAUUUAUCUUAUGAAUCAACAGACAUUUGUCAUAUAUAUAAUCAUCAAAUAAUUGAAAUAUUAUUUCAAUCAUUUGUUAGUUUAGCUAAUAAUUCCAAUGAUAAUACUACAUCGAUUGGAUUGAAAUUUAACGCAUUUAAUUGGUUUCGAUUAUUUCUUAUGAAAUUAUGUGAAAAUAUUGAAAUUGAAAAAUUACAUGAUACACCAAAUCAACUUUUACAACAACAACAAAGAUUUCUUUUUAAUACAUUAAUUUUAAAUGAAUUAAAAAAUAUUUCAUCGACUGAUUCCCAAAUACAAAUUAAUAAUUCUUUAAAAGAUAUAUCUAUUAAAUGGUUUCUUCAAACAGAUCAAUCAGAUAUUAAUCUCUAUAUAAAUCAAUAUUUAGUUCUUCUACUUCGUUGUAUGCAUUUUUAUAAAUAUGUUCUAUCCGUUUGUGCAACUAUUCCUUUUCUUGAACAAUUAAUUUAUAUUUACAAUCAUCAUCAAGCUAAUAUUACUCGUUUACUUACAAUAAAAAUUCUACGUUAUUUAAUACCAUCAAUAUCCGAUAACGCGGAUGAAACAGCAAAAAAUCUUAUUGAAAUUUUCUUACAUGAUACUUUAAAUUCAAUUGGUGAAAAUAUUCUAUCACAAGAAAUUAUUGCAGAAUUAAUUUAUAUGUAUCGUACAAUAAUGUCUAUUGAAUCUUCAUGGAAAACGAUAGCAAUAGAAAUUAUAUUUAAUACUAUUGUAUCAUAUUUAAACAUCGAAUCAAUUGAAGGGAAUGACUUAAAUCAAAUGAAUAAACUUCUAGCAUCAUUAAAUAUUCUCGGUGGAUAUAUUGAACCAUAUCGAUUAGGUUCCGUGGUUAUAAAUGAAACAAAUGAUAAAUUAAAUGAUGAAUCUUCCUUAGCAUUAAUUAUUGAUAUUAAUGAUACAGAAACACCUUAUUUAAUUCAAUAUUUACAAACAAAUCAAACAGAAUCCGUUUCUAUAAAUAAACUACAACUUAAAAUCGAUAUUCCACCAUCUGAUUUACCAAAUACAUUUGAUUCAAUACUUGAUCUACUAGGAUAUUUUAUUCAAAUUGAUACAUCAACAAAUGAAUCCAUAAUGUUAUUACAAAUAAAACGUCAUUGUAUUUCUGUUCUAUAUCAUAUAUUGAAUAACAAGAAAUUAAUUGAAAUUUUCAUGGAAAAACCAUAUGCAUCGAUUAUUGCACAACUUUGUAUAUCAAAUCAACAACCGACGGAUAUACGUUUAUUUAAUAAACAACAUUUACAACAAUAUUGUUUGAGUUUAGAUACAUGUGAAAGAUUUAAAAAAAUAGUUGAAAAUGAACAACAAGAUUUAGUAGAACAACAACAACAACAUUCAAUAUCAAUAAAUGAUCAAGAUGAUUUAUUAUAUAGUAUAUGGAGUGUUGAGAAAAUGAAUCAAGAUCAAUUAGAUACGAAUAUUUGGACAGCAUACAAUGGAUGGAGACCGUAUGUAUUUGAAGGAGAAAUGGAAUAUUUUAAAGAAGGACGAAUUGGAAUUGAUGAAAUAACUAUUGUACCAUUUCCACGUAAUACAGCUGAUGUUAGUGUAACUGAAGAAUGUGGUAUUAAACAUAGAUUUCAUGGACGAAUAGUUCCGAAUGGAGAGAAUACAACAGUAUCAUUUCCAACAUUUAUUAUUAAUAAUUUACAAUUAAGUGAAGGAAAAUGGUAUUAUUGUGUUCGAUUACCACAAGCUGGACUUUUACAAAUUGGAUGGGCAACAAAUGGAUUUACACCUACUAGUGGAUGUGGAGUAGGUGAUGAUAUGUAUUCAUGGUCAUAUGAUGGUUCUCGUGGUGUUUUAUUCAAUGCUCAAGGAUUUUAUAGUCAAUUUGAUGAUGUUCGUUGGAAUGAAAAUGAUGUUUGUGGUUGUGGUAUCGAAAUUGAUGGAGAAAAUACUAAUAUUAAAUAUUGGUUGAAUGGAAAACUUUUAGGUAUAGCUUUUCAACAUAAAACAUGUGUUAAAUAUUCAUCAACAAAAUGUGAUUUAUUACCAAAUGGAGCAACGACAACAUAUUAUCCAGCUAUUAGUAUGCAAAAUGAAGUAUCAAGAUGUUGUGAAUUAAUAUUAAGUCCAGAAGAUAUGAAAGAUUGUCCAUUACCAAAUGGUUAUAAACCUAUAUUAUUACCUAAAUCUCUUCCAAAAGAAAAUUUACCUGUUGAUUAUCCUUUUAGUGCAUAUCUUAUUGGUGAUGAUCAAACGGAAUCUUGUCUUACUAGACAAACGAAAUCUGAUAUUAAUAUUCUACGUGAUUUUGUUAAUGAACAUCAUCUUGAAACAAAAUUUUCUUUAAAUAAUCAAUCUGUUAUUCUACCGGAUGAUAGCGAUGGUUUCGAUUUAUCUGUAGAUAAUACAGAAGCAUCAUCAUUAACAAUUAGUUUUGAUGUUCAACUAACUUCAACCGAUGAAAAACUUGAUAUUAUUAAUUUAUUUACAUUAGAUUCAAUGGAAAUUAUUUGUAGAAAAAUCGAUGAGAAAUUACGAUGUGUCAUUAUUUUCUUAGCAAAAAAACGACAAAUAAAAGUUUAUAUUAACAAUAAAUGUCGAACAUAUCCCGAUGCAUUUUCAUUGGAAACAAUUAAGAACUUAAAUAUACAUAUUUUACCAAAAACUGCUUGUGAGAUAAAAAAUUUAGCAAUAUGGAAAUAUGCUCUAUCUGAAGAACAAAUUCGUCGUCUAUUCAACUAUAGUCUAUUCUAUAUUGUUAGUGAUUUUAAGAGAUUAAAAGACUAUCGAAAACAAGUAAAUAUAAUAACAUUUUCUAAAAACCAACAAGAAUUUUCCGAUGAAUUACUUCUUCCAUUUAUUGAAUCAUCAUGUACAGACGAACUUUGGGAAAAAAAGAAAAAACAAGCAGAUAUGGAUGAAUCAAAAUAUUUUAAAACAAAUGAAGAUUAUUCAACUGUUGAAUUAUAUGGAAAUCGAUCUUAUCUUGUUCUAAAUAAAUCCGAUGAUGUAUGGUCGAAAUUUACAUUUGUAUUCAAUCUUUGUAUUCCAAAUUGGCCAUUAAAAGAUGAAAGACUAGCAUUAAUAACAUUAAAUUCUAAAAAUGAUAUUCUUUUAACAUCUGAUGGUAAACUUUGUUUCGAUGAAAAUGGAACAAAGCAUGAAAGUCAUUCAUCUAUUAUUCGAAAUGAAUAUUUUCGUUUAUCGAUUAUUGGUCGUCCAGAAUCUCUUCAAAUCUAUGUAAAUAAUAAAUUAGAAAUUGAUAAGAAAAACAGUGAUGAUCAAUAUAUAAAACUUAAAAGAAAUCGAAUUAGAUUAUUUAGAGAAAGCGAUUUUACAGGAAAUACUACAAAUGAAGAAAUACUUCGAAUAUCAUUAAAAUCAAUUACUUAUUUAAAUCGUGCAGUAUCAAUUGAUCAAUUACAAUCAUCAACAUUACUUGCAGUACCUACUUCAAUUAUUGGAUUAAGUUUAAUGGCAAUGGGUUAUAAAAAAUCAUGGAUACAAUCGGUAAUCGACGACAAUAAAACAAUAAAUAUUUCAACAAUUAAUACAAUUUUACGUGAACAAAAAUCUAAUUUUAUAAAACAAGAUCAGGAAAAUAUACGAAUACGUUAUAUGAAUAUUUUAACAAAAUUAGAUCCAUCGAUUGAUUCGGAAAUUUUAAAAAAUAUCGAAUUGAAUACCGAUGAACAAAUAAAAAAUAUUGCUCAAUAUAUCCUUUCUCAUUCGAUGUCUUUACAGCAAUCAUCUGAUGAAAAUAUAAUUGAAUCAAAAGAUAAAUUAAAUCCAAAUUGGUUUUUACAAUCUGUUCAACAUUUAGAUAUUCGUAGUAAUUUUAAUGAAUGGCUUCGUGAUAAAACAUCGGUAACAGAAGAUGAAGAUAAUAUUUAUCAAUUAAUUGAUAUUGAACAAAAGAAACAAGCAAGAAAAAAACCUCAUGAAUCAAUUGAUUAUUCACAUAAAAAUAUUUCAUCAAAACAAUUUUUACAAUCACGAAUUGCUUGUGAACAUGGAUUAACAAUAAUUUAUGCACGUAAUACCAUUCUAAAUAUGCUUAAAGUAUGGUCAUAUGAUAGUACAUCAUUAUUAUUUCCAUUAGAAAAAUUUGGUAAUUAUACAUUUCUUAUAUCAUUAUUAAAAUUAUUAGAUUAUUCGGAAAUAAAUAAAAAUGAGAAAUUUAAUCGAAUACAUAUAUUAAUUAAUUCAAUUCUUAAAACUGAAAUCAAACAAUUACUUGAACAUACUGAUAAGAAUGAUUUAGAAAAUCAAGCACCAUUAUUAUAUCAUUUACAAAAAGAUUUUAUUAUUCAUUCAAUUAAAUUUUUACUUAAACCAUCUUUAUUAGAAUCAAAUUCUAGUGGUGAUCAACAACAAUUAAAUUUAAAUUUUAUUUUCAAAAUUCUUGAUCAUUUUGUGGAAUUAAUAACUGAUAAAUCAAUUAUAAAACAACAUCAAAUAGAUUUAAUUAUUUCAAUUUUAUUUCCGAAACAGUUAAUUAAUUUGAUUUUUAAUCUAUUCUUAAUAGUUUCAACAAAUCAAGCUAAAAUAUCUAUUCUUCAUUUAUUUACUACAUUAUUACAAACAAGUGAAUCUAUUAAAUUAAAUAAUCAAAUUCAACAAUUUUUUUGUCAAUUUUUAAUUGAAUUAUCAUCAUCGACUACACUAUCAAUAAGUAGUUAUUCGAAAAAGAAACUUGAAAUUUCGUUAUUAGAUUUUAUAUUUAUAUUAUUGAAGAAACAAGAUAAUAGUCAAAUAAAAGAAUUUCAAAUGAAAUUACCAGAAAAUAUUCAAAAUUUAUUUACAACAGUUGAUGUUAUUAUUGCUUGGAAUGACCCAACAAAACAAAUACCAUUACCUGAAAUAUUUCUUUCACAAUCAAAAAAUAUUUUAGGUGAUAAUUAUCAGUUAAAUCAAGAUGAUUUUAUAAAAUCGAAUCAAAUUUUUAAUCCUCUUAUUGAUCAAGAAUUAAUUAAUUUCAUGAAUAAUAAUUCAUUAUUAAAUGAUAAUUCAUUCUCUAGUUUUAUUGAAAGUCUUCCAACUGAAUCUGAACCAAAUGCAAUAUUUUAUAAGAAUUAUAUAUUAUUAUCAAACAUUCCUGCUGAUUCUAUUCAAAAUCGAGCAAAAUUUAUUUAUCUAUUAAAUAAAUUCGUUGAAAAAAGUCUUGCAAUUGUUGAUUUUAGUUUAUCACAAGGACAAAGUCCUCUAACGGAUUAUAUUCGAACAAUAAAACUUUAUCUAUUAUCAUCAACAAAAUUACAAUUAUUUCAUGAAUCUCUAGAGAAAACCGAAGGUACUUAUAGUUCUGAUUAUCAAACUGUUAAUUUCGAUACUGUUAAAGCAAGUACGGAUAUUGAAAAAAGUGAAAGUACAUUUUUUUAUCAAGCCUAUCAACAAUUACAUGCUAAUGCUCAUAUAAUAUUUCGACGAUCAAAUGAACAAUUAUGGCAAGCACAAUAUAUUGGAAUGCAUAGUACUGAUGCAGGUGGACCUUAUCGUGAUAGUAUAACACGUAUUUGUUUAGAUAUAUGUUCAACAAGAUUAUCAUUAUUUAUUUUAUGUCCAAAUGGACGUACAAAUAGUGGUUUAAAUCGUGAUUGUUGGAUUCCAAAUGUAUUUCCACCAAAUAAAUCCAUACCAAAAAAAUUUAAAAGACAAUAUCGUUUUAUUGGACAAUUAAUGGGUAUGGCAAUACGUAAAAAACAUUAUUUAGAUUUAAAAUUUCCAAUACUAUUAUGGAAACAAUUAUUAAAAGAACAAAUUACUAUUGAAGAUAUUGAAGCAAUUGAUGCACAAAGUUUUACAAUGAUUAAUGAAAUGGAAAAAAAUAUUGAACAAAUAAAAUCAAUGGAUAACGAUAAUGAUAACGAUAUGGAAACAUUAUUUAGUAGUAUUAUGAGUGAAUUACGAUUUGAUGUUGUUAGUUCAUCUGGACAAAGUUAUGAACUUAUUCCAAAUGGUUCAGAAAUUUCUAUAACAGCAUCGAAUUUUAAAAAAUAUUGUUCGUUAUAUCGACAAUAUCGUCUCAAUGAAUUUAAUCGACAAAUAAAUUUAAUUCGUGAUGGAUUAUAUAGUAUUAUACCAUCUUAUUAUUUAAAUUUAUUUACUCCUACUGAACUUGAAGAAGCAGUAUGUGGAAAAGGACGAAUUGAUAUAGAAAUUUUAAAAAGAAAUACUUAUUAUGGUGGUGAAUAUAGUCAAGAUUCAUCGACAAUGGAAUUAUUCUGGACAGUACUUAAUGAAAUGUUUACGGAUGAACAAAGAAAAUUAUUUUUAAUAUUUGUUUGGGGUAGAAGUACAUUACCAACUCGAGAUGAAGAUUUUCAUACGAAGUUUACCAUUACUAAAUUGGAUCUAUAUGAAGAUGAAAAUGUUGAUAAAAUACUGCCACGAUCACAUACAUGUUUUUUUACGAUUGACUUACCUGCCUAUUCGACAAGUGAAAUUAUGUAUGAACGUUUAAAUUAUGCUAUUUCAUGUUGUUCAAGUAUUGAUGGUGAUGGAACGAUAAACGAUACAGUUAAUUUAGAUGAUUUAAGUUUUGAUGAUAACUCAGAAGAAUAA